AUGAAGAUGAGGACGCGGGUGCCGCACAGAGAAGGAGCGGCGCUGGUGCCCCAGAGCCUCCGCAAGCACCUGGUGGCGUGGUUCGCCGCACGCUUCUGCUCGAGCGCCCGCAUCGAGGAUUCUGAGCGCGACACGGACUCGACUACACGGCCUGUGGAAGAGGACCUCGACGAAACGGCCUAUCGUCGCGAAGUGGAGGCAAUGCCGGAGCAGCUCCGCCUCGCCAUCUUCCUCUUCAUCCACAAACACAUCCGGCGAAGCGAUGGAAGGCUGAACGAGCAAGUAUUUGGCCGCCGCCUACUUGGCGAUCGGGUGUGGCCGCUGAUCGAGGACCUCCCACUCACCAGUGUUAAUCUCGCCGUCAUGGACCAGCUGUUCGGCAGUCUGGAGGCGCCAACGCGAAGCGACAUGACCGGCAGAUUGCUGGAGGGUCUGCUCGAGUGGGGUCCGGCGGACAGCAUUACACACUUGGACGUGCUGACGUCAGCACCCGACGACUUGGACUGCACCAACGCCACGUUUGGAUGCCUCAACUGCCACAACUUCCCGUCCGUGACAAGCCUCAACCUGUCCGGGCGGCUCUCCGAGGCCGAGGAGGUGUUCACGGAGACGGUGAUGGAGACCUUGGUCGAGUGGGAGGGCCUCCAAUCGCUUACGCUUCGCGACUGCACAUUCCCCGAAUCCGCUGCGCCGCUGAUCUCGCAACUGACGAGCCUGCAGAAGCUGGCGCUGGGCAGCGACGAGCAGAGCGCUGGGUACCCGACCACGUACCGGGUCUACAAGUCCAUCCUGGAGAGCGUCGCAGGUCUGACUCAAUUGGAGGAGCUGCGCUUGUGUAACUGCGACGAGCUCACCAGGGAUACGCUGGCGAGGAUCCUGCAAUUCGAGAACCUGACCAAGCUCGACCUGUCACUAAGCCCUCUCUGGUCGCCCGGGUCGAUCGAGAAGCCGAACACCAGCCUGACGUGGCUCAAGAUCACUCCCUCCGCGACGGAAGUGGGCACUGCGAUCAACGACAUCGCGCGGCUGUUUCCAUCGCUCUUCACUCUUGGCAUCAGCGUGGACUGCCUUCCGGACGACUUUGCAUCGCUCGGCGCCGAGCUCCCAUCUGUGCGCACGCUUGCGGUCACGACCGCGAAGGAGGACACCGUAACGCGCCUCCUCUCCAUUAUGCCCAACGUCGAGCAAGUCACGCUCAAGCGUCUGCCUCUAGAAGAGGGGCAAGAAUGCUCGGUCGAGUUCGUCCCGGGCGACCUGGCGCAGCAGAUCACGAGCCUUCAGCUGAGCGCUGGAUCCCGCGGCACUCGGUGGCUUCCCGUCACGGCAGGGCCGAGCUUUCUGUCUCAGUUCGUGAGCCUGCGAACACUGCGGAUAGAGAAAGAAUUUGGGGUCAGCGAUGUCGCCUCACUGGCGGGCUGCUUCCCGCUCCUCGAGGAACUCACGCUUGCCGCAGGAGUCCAGCCCGACCCUGCCUACGCCCAGGCCACCAAAGCGGCGUUCCCAAGGCUCAGAAAGUGCACCGUUCUGUGCACGCGCGAUACACAAGGAGCCGAAAGCUACAAAGCUGUGUGGUAA